AUGGCGGAGACAAAGGACGAGCGUUCGCCGACUCCCCCUGGGGCCGCCCUGCAGGCCGAGACCCAACCCGAAGAGAAUGGACGCCGCUACCACGCGUUUCGCGAAGGCACCUACCUGGUGCCAAAUGAUGACGAAGAGCAAAAUCGGAUGGAUUUAGUCCACCAUAUUUACAGCCUCGUUCUCGACGGAAAGCUUCAUCUCGCUCCAAUUGGCAAAAGCCCUCAGCGAGUCCUCGAUCUGGGUACUGGCACUGGUAUCUGGGCCAUAGAUUUCGCAGAUGAGUAUUCAUCCGCAGAAGUCAUCGGAACAGAUCUUAGUCCUAUUCAGCCCGACUGGACCCCGCCCAACUGUUUCUUCGAAGUUGAUGACUUUGAGGAUGACUGGGUCUAUAAGAAGCCCUUUGAUUACAUUCACGGCCGUGAACUGGAAGGAUGCAUCGGUGACGACGAAAAGCUUUUCAAAAAGGCUUUUGAUAACCUGUCGUCUGGCGGAUACUUUGAGCUCCAGGCCCAGCGUGGAUGCUUCUUGUCUGAUGAUGGAACCCACGAGAAGGCCGCCAACGCCCAGCGCUGGGCCGCCGGCAUCCUCGAGGGCAGCGGCAAGUUUGGAAAGCCCAUUGAUUGCGCUCAUCAGUGGAAGGACGAGUUGAUCAAAGUCGGUUUCGUGGACGUCCAAGAGGAGAUCCGCAAGAUUCCGAUCGGUCCCUGGCCCAAAGACCCAAAGCUCAAGGAAAUCGGCAAGUAUCAGUCUGUGCAGACGCGGCAGGCUAUUGAUUCGUACACGCCCAAGCUAUUCGGCGCUGUACUGGGUUGGAGCAACGAGGAGAUCGAGGUGAUUAUGGCGCAAGCCAAGAAGGAACUUCAGGAUCGUUCUGUUCAUUUGUAUCUUCCUGUUCACAUCAUGUGGGGUAGGAAACCCUGA